CGCUGCGACAAACUCGCCACUGUUUACUUCCGGUGUCAGCUCCCAUUAGACAACCGAGGGAAAGUUCAAACAACAUACGGCGAACUUUUUCACAAAACAGGCAAAACAUGUCUAUCAAAACGUACCAGCCACUUUCUUUAUGUGAUAGAUGGACCCAGGAAAACAACGAGUUGGUUAACAAAUGGAAGCAGCAAGAAGGAGGAGCAGAGGCUGUAAGCCACAAUCACAACCAGACCCAUCUGAGAUGGUGUUCGUCUGAGUUUCACAAACUUUCAAGGAAAAUCCAAGGUAUCCCUCCUCUUGUAGAUCAUGCACAGUUGGAGCUGACAGUAGUGUACAAUGCCUGUUUGUGCUCUGUUGCUCUGUCUCAGUUCUCAGAAGCUGACCUGCUCCUCUCACAAGCCACAGAGAGAGUUGUUACAGUUAUACAGAUGACAGGUGAUGACCCUAUUUCUUCAGACCCUCCUGCAUUUUGGAAAACACUUCUCAAAUCAAUGGGAAACACAACUUUUACUUCCUCUGUACAGCACCUUCUUUGUCUGCAGUGGGCAGUGUGGCUGGCCAAAUGCCAGCUGAAAACCAUUCAAGAGUUUCAGGAUGAGCUGUUCUCCCUGUUUGAGACACUAUCAACCGAGUUUGGGGAUGAUGAGAGGAGCAGUGAAAGGGGAAAGUCCUCAGACAUUCCAAUGCUGGUGAUGGACCCAAGACGGCUGAUCGAGUUAUUGCAGACCUGCACUUUUAUAGCCCAAGGUGCAGAACGAUUGAGUGAGGGUCAGAGUUCAGAGGCGCUGUCAGGCCUGCAGAAAGCUUCCUCCCUCUCCGCUCCCAGAACGCUAUUAGCAUACACACACCACCUCUCGGGCCUCUGCCUCGCCUCUAUGAGCUGCCCUCAGAUGGCAUUGCAGUGUUACAGGAUGGCACUGGAGACAGACUCCUGGUGUGUGUGUGCGCUGUACCAGAGCAUACUCAUAUACAGAGAGCUGGAAAACACACAGGCCGAGAUACAAGCUCUUCGUUUGCUGCACUCAACUUUGCUGUUGCCCUCUGCCACAGAGCCUCCUCUGGCUGGUACUCCUCUCCUCUCCCCUUCCGUAUUGCUUUGCAGCCAAUCACUGAACCGCAUGCUGUCAGUUCCCUCUGCCCUCUCUGUCCUUCACAGCCUGGCUCAGAAGUGUGUGCUCCAUGGGAGGGUGUCAGAGGGUGUGGAAUAUUAUUUGGACCUGCUGGCUGCUCUUCACUCAGAUGAUCAACAUGGAUCUCCAUCUCAGGUACAUGCUAAGGACCCUCCCCUCCCUAGGCUGCCUGAGCUUUACCUGGAGGCUGGCGCGGCCUUGCUCACGGCCCGACGGCCCGCUGAUUGCGUGGCGCUAUGCGAUGAAGUCAUUGGCACAACGCUGGAGCUGCUGCCUGAGAAGUUGGUGUUGGAGGAGCCAGAGGAGAAGUUUGAAGUUGAGACCAGGACUGUGGGUGCAGAGGGUGAAGAUAGGAUGAAGAUGCUGCUCUGGACUGGGGCUGCCUACCUCCUCCAGGGUCACUGCCACACUCACCUGAGGGACUGGAAACAAGCUGUGACUCAUUACACAAGAUGUAUCAACCUGCUGGUAAAGGUGCACUUUAAAAAGAAAGGUUUCCAACCACAAAUCCCCAGUGCAGACAUGGUUGGUAAGCAGGGAACAGAUCUGUGUAUCCUCCAGAGGCUGAAGGGGCUUUCACUAGCUGGUAGAGGCAUCAGUUUCUCCCAGACAGGCCAGCUAAGAGAGGCACUGAGAGACCUCCAUCUCAGCUUGCAGGCAGUUCCAGACUGUGUGGGUGCAGGGCUGUGGUGCGGUGAAGUGCUGUGGAGGCUUGGCAGGAGACAGGAGGCAGCAGCUUGUUGGGAAAAGACAUGGAGCUUCCCUGCACAGUCCUCAGUAGAGAGUUUACGUCUGUACCUACAGGAACCCCAGUCUGGCCCUUUGUUGGACUCCACAGAGCUGCGGCACAGAAUACACGAACUUGGCUCUACCUUGUCAGCCUAGAGAGGGACAAAAGACGACUACCCUAUCACUUACUCAACUGGAUCAACUUUCACCUGCCUCUGAACUCGAACCAAUACUCACAACAAACAUGUAUCUACUUCAGCAGUAAAAUAAAGCAUGUUGAAAGGGCUUACAGUGUUUGAUAAUGAACACAGUGUAUACCAGAUGUACUGUAAAGAUGCUGGGCCACAAGAAAGAAACAGUGUAUUUUGGGAAGGCACAGGUAAUCAAGAAUGUUACUUUAAUAUUUGAUUAUGCUUAUUAAACUAAAACGCAAUACAUACCACCUAAGAAGACACAACACAAACUAUGCUGCUGCUCUAAAAAGCCUAAUUAAGGCGAUUUUUAAAAAUGUAUUGCUCCUAUGAAUAACACAUAAUUUAAACAAAAUAUUUUGCCCUGUUCUUCUCACAUAUCGGUCAGCUUUCAUCAAUAAAACAACAUUAUCAAUUCCA